AAGAAGGGGCAAGCGGCCAGACCAACGGCACUCCAGCUCCAGACCUUCCACCAGGGAGUCCAAGCUUCUCUGAACUCGGUGACACAUAGAGAGUGAAGAUGGUGUCCAUGCAGGCUACUUUGGGGCUUGUGGUGUUGCAUGUCGUUACGGCGCAAGUUGUCUCCCAAUAUAAUCCCAUCUCCCAAGGUAACCUCUUUGGCCUACCGGUGGGAGGUGGCAGUGACUCUGUAUUCACUUCCGGUUCGAAUCAAGUUGGCUCUUUGCCAUCCUCUGGUCAGUUCGGUGUGAACUUCAUUCCUGGUGGCCUGAAUAACGACAAUAGUUUCUCCGGUGUAUCCCGUGAUGUGUCUUUUGGUGCUGGCGGUCAAGUUCUUCAGGGACUAAACACGCUUCCUUCCUUCGCUAGCGUACCUCAACCCGGACAAGGUGUUUCAUCUCAAGGUCCAAUUUUCGUGGGCGGUCCAGCUGUCCUCCCUGCUCCUUCUCCAGCUCCAGUGUUCACCGGUCAAGGAGGCGCCAUUCCUCUACCGUCACAGCAAGGGCCAGUCUUUAUCGGCGAUCAAGGAGGCGUCAUCCCUCUGCCGUCACAACAAGGGUCAACGUUCGUCGGCGGUCAGGGCGGCUCUUUCGUUGGCGGACAGGUGUUUGGUCAAGCUGGUCUAUCCGGUGUCAGUUUCCAGCAAGGUGGUGGUCAGGCGGGCGGCGUUCAAGCAGCUGGGUUCGGGUUUCCAUCUCGCGUCAUUCAGCAAGAAGCAACGCCCACGGUCACAAGAACUGUUACCGUUGACGCUUUUGAGACCCUGACUAACCUAGUCCUGCACAGCGUGGCAGUCACCAGGACGCAGUUCUCUAUCGUCACUGCGACCAGAGGAACUACAGUCGUUGUGGCCACGCCCGUGAACCACGGCCUCGCCCUUACCACCUCUAUCGUUGUUCGUCCAGUUUAUGUCACCGUCACAGAUACUAAGACAGAUUUCAGGGUUGAUCUGAGAACGUCAGUGAACUAUGUCACCUUAACCCACACUUCUUAUGACAUUACGCACGUCCCCUUCACUCUCACUUCUACAGAAACCGUGACGGUGACCUCUCCAGUCGUCAAAACGGUAAUCACCACAUCUGUGGAAGCUGUCACGAACUACCACACUGCAACUACAACCGCCCGUGUCCAUGGAGGUUACUACUAACCCGGCUCCAGUUGCAUCAACAAAUAUAGCUUGUUAAAAAUGUAUUAUAACGGAUUAACACUUGUAACGGAGUAACAUUUGUAGUACUAUAUAUAAUAAAGUAAUAAGCAAA